GUUCGGGGUCCUGGAAUGGGAGCGGCCGCGAAGGCUGCCGGGAAGCGUGGUAUCUCGCUUAUCUCGUCAUUUGGAGCAAUUGCGCAUGCGCUGCCUCCGUCAGCGGAGAUCGGGAAUAUGGCCGCGCGGUCCGUAUGGGCGGUCCGGCGGCUGGUGCAACGCCUCCUGGCCUCGAGUGCCGCGUCCGAAGGCAGGGGAUGGCCGCAUCCUUUCAGCACUGUCACCCAGAGAACUGCUGGUGAGGCCUGCAGUUCUGAGGACCCUCCCGAUGAGCUUGGGCCCUCUCUUGCAGAACGAGCCUUAAAGCUUAAAGCUGUGAAACUGGAGAAGGAAGUCCAGGACUUAACAAUGAGAUAUCAGAGAGCGGUAGCCGAUGGUGAAAACAUAAGGCGGCGAACCCAGAGAUGUGUAGAAGAUGCCAAGAUAUUUGGAAUUCAGAGUUUCUGUAAGGACUUGGUAGAAGUGGCAGACAUUUUGGAGAAGACUACAGAGUACAUUUCUGAAGAAACAGAGCCUGGGGACCAGAAGCUCACUCUGGAGAAGAUCUUCCGAGGGUUAUCACUUUUAGAAGCAAAGCUGAAAAGUGUGUUUGCCAAACAUGGCCUAGAGAAGAUGACACCCAUCGGUGACAAAUAUGACCCUCAUGAGCAUGAACUCAUCUGUCAUGUGCCAGCAGGUGUUGGGGUACAGCCUGGCACCGUGGCGUUAGUAAGGCAAGAUGGCUACAAGCUUCACGGCCGAACCAUUAGACUUGCCAGGGUGGAAGUAGCAGUGGAGUCUCAGAGAAGACUAUGAAUGGGCCAUGAAGAACUGAAUGUUCUCCCAGAGUACAGCCACCUAUGUUUCCUUUAUUUAUUAAACUAGGUUUGUAUUGUACAUGAGGUACUUCAUGUGAUCUGUUUUGGAUUUAGUCAUAUUGGCUUUAUUUCUAAGAUACUCUACUGAUGAAUGUGACCUAUUUGGUCUCAUCAGAAGUCUUGCCAUUGGGCAUUUGAACAAUGUGACAAGUGAUCCUAUGGCCUUUGUCCAAAUAUGUUUAAGAAAAUUAUUUUAAAAUUGGUACUCUGAUGACUGUCAAUUGAAAAGCUUUUUAAAAGUGGAAAUGAGUAUAUGUUUAUGUAUUUUCAACUAAAUGUUUCUUUCUAAUGGUCCCUACAACAGGAAUCUUGUAUUUCAUGGGGAAAGGAGAUGGUAGGGAUUGGUUCAACAUCUGGGUACUUAGAUGAUAAAGCUUUAGAGUUACAUGAAUUUAGAUCAUUUGGGUUGGUUUUUAUACACAUAGAUUUUUAGGACUUCCCCUUUUUAUUAUUUUCCUUUUAGCCAUCUUUUGUCCUUGUAGCCCCCGCCAGGUAUAUUCACACUCAUUGUCCCAUUUACUAGGGCUAAUUAAGGCCCAGGCAAGACUUGGAAGGCAGGGAGUAUCAAGAAAUUCAAGGUGCCAGGUUCCUUUCAAGCAAGUAUGACCAAGAAACCUUGUGCUUUGCUGGGUUACCUUACAAUUCUUUUCAGCCUCCCUAGGUAUAUAAUCAUUUCAGGGAAACCAAGGCAGCACCAAUAACUAAUGACCCAAAUCAGUCUAUGUAGGUAAUUUACCUACAGCUUUUCUCUCCACUAGCCCCUAAAUCUUCCACUUUGUCAAAUUUGCCUCAUCAUCCUUUAUUAGAUUAUGCAGGAGGUGUUCAGGGCAAAAAUGUUAGGUUCCUACUAUUUCUCAUUUCAUUUAGUUAAUGCUGAAUUUCUUUUUUAAUUUGGUACUCACAAAUCACUACCUCUCAUGCUGAUAAGCUUUAUUUUCCAGUUUUUGUAUCUGUCUUAUGUUAUGUAUAUUAACAUCUAGCUGUCCUUUAUGUAUUGGUCUCAUAGAAUUAAGGAGCCUAUGUGUUUAUUUUUUAUUUUUUUCAGUCUUGCUUAUGGCUGGUGUUCUGUAAAGGAUUUGUUCAAUAAAGGAGCAAGUGAAUGACCUAUCAAUCUGACUUUAGAAAGGAGGUCAGUUACGGAGAUUUUAAUGUUAGAAGAGGCCUUAAUGAUGAUCUCAUCUCACCCUUUCAGCUUCUUAAGCAUGAAAACGUCUUUUUAGGACCGGACUCAAAAUGUCUAAAACUAGUAAACUAAAUUUCAGUGAGAACUUGAAUAAGGAACAACUAGAUAUUAACUUUAAUCAUUUAAGAUCCAGCAGUUCUAUAAUGAACAUGCAAAUGUGUCCCCAACGGACAAAGAUUAUUAGACGUACAGCUUGCAUAGGUAGGUUCAGGUUUUUUAAAUUAGUUAUCCAUAAAGUAAAUCCGUUUCUACUGGAAUUUUAUGACCCCAUUCUGUGGAGUGUUACAAGUUACCCUCUUAGACAUCGUAGAUAGUUCCAGCACACUCCACAUAUGUAUCAAUAAAAACAUCCCCCAGUGAGCCCUGCCAUCUCCACCAGAAUUAGAUACUC